AUGGGUCAAAUCGCACUUUUCCCUGCGCAAUGGCCCACAGGCUCGGUGGGUUUGGGGCCAGCAGGACGUACAGUAGCCGUCCUGUGCUGUGGCAGAGGCGCCAUAUGGCACGGUGCUGUGUGCCAUGUUGGCCGCUCACACUGCCCACGUGUGAACAGCCAGACGCUCAUCAAACCAGCCGCCCCAGCCCACUCCUCGUGCGCGCAUCCACGUCCUCGUGGGACAGAGACACGGAGGCAGGUUACCAUGGAGACCCGUGGAAGUGAUGAGACAGGGAUGAGGAAGUGGUAUCCCAGUGAAACUCUGGCAUCGUUUUAA